AUGUAUGAUUCCAACGGUGACAAUUACCUCAACAAAGAAGAUCUGAAGAAGUUGUUCCAGCAGCUAGGCUCCAACGCCCCGAGAUGGCGAGCUGCUCGAGCUAUUCACCAUGCUGAUAAGAAUGGCGAUGGACGUAUUGAUAUGAGUACCAUGGAGUUGGAUCAACUUGUUAAGUAUGCAAGAAAACAUGGAGAUGGCUACCUCACUAAAGAGGAUCUCACGGAGGCAUUCCGGCAGCUGGGGUCCACUUUUCCGGGAUAUCGAGCGGGCCGAGCCCUUCACCGGGCUGAUAAAAAUGGUGAUGGGCUUAUUGAUAAGAAAGAGUUGGAUAAACUUGUUGAGUAUGCAAGAAAACGUGGUUAUAGGCUAAGAAAUGCUUGUUCCAACUAG